AUGGAACACACUUGCCGAUUAUGUACGAUUACCGAUACGACACUCGCCAGCAUAUCGAACUUUCGGUUGCUGGACAUGGAUCAGGAAUCUACCACACCGCUGGACGAACUGAUUGAACAGUAUUUAGCAAUAAGUGUAAAUCCUUCCCCAUUUGAUCCACUGAUUUGUGCCGCCUGUUUGAAGCGUUUAGAAGAAUGGCACACGUUUCGGGAAAGCUGUCGUCAACACAAUCGCCUCUUUCUGGAGCAAACUAUCCCGUUCGAAGAAGGGACUCAUUGCGUUACUGCAUACGAAAUAACCUUCCAGGAUCAGGAAGUUUCGGUGGAAGAGAAAGACAAUGUGGAAUUCAAGGAGGAACAAGUAGAGGAACACGUCGUAAUAGACGAGAUACAUCUGCACUCCGAACCGGCCGAAUUAAUCAUUGUGCCAGAUGGACAAUCUACCAGUUCAGCAACGGUAAAGAAGCUUUCUGAUGAGGAAAGAUCUGGGAAGGAAGUUUAUACAGCUGCCGUCGGUAAGCGAAAACGAGGACGGCCAAAAAAAGCGAAAGAAAGUACGGAACGAAAAGCAUCUAGCCAGCAAUUAGGACAACAGAAACGAAGACAGCGAUCGUUGGCAAAAAUCUGUACCAUCUGUGGCGUUUCGCGUACCGACAUGGCAGCCCAUAUGCGCUGGCACAAUAAUGAGCGCCCCUAUCAGUGUCCGCACUGUCCGAAGAUUUUCCUUAACAGUUCCAAUCUGAAAAAUCACAUCAAUCUGCAUACCCGUGACAAGAUGUACAAGUGUGAUCUCUGUGAUAAGGAGUUUCCAAGCACAACGGGCCGCAGCAAGCAUCGGGAAACGCACGCCACCGAGCGUGUGCAUCUGUGUGCGGUGUGUGGAAAAUCGUUCAAAUAUCGUGCAUCGCUCGCACGCCACCGGCAGAUCCAUUUCGAGGAACCGAAGCACAAGUGUACCGUUUGCGAUAGGCUGUUCCUAACGAAAACACGAUUAAUGAAACACUUCUUGGUGCACAAGAGCGACAAACCAUUUAGUUGUGACGUCUGCGGGAAAGCCUUUAACCGGAAGGACAAUCUUAAAACACACAAAAAAACGCACGCAUUCGGAAGGCGACAUUUGAAAAAGAAGCUCGAGGAGUGUGUGCAAACAGAGCUGCCUGCUAAUGGAAGUGCAAGGUAA